AUGGAGAGGGAGGGCAACGCCGCCGCCGCUGCUGGUGCUGGCCUCUGGGAGGCGUCGCCGGACGGGGUGAUCGUGCUGUCGGCGGGGUCGGCGGCGGUGUGGCAAAACCGCCAUCACCACCACCAGCGGGAGCAGCAGGUGUCGGGGCACGGAUCGGCGGCGGGGAUCAUCGGGGAGUUCCCGGAGCCGCCGGAGAAGGUGUACUACAAGACGAAGCUGUGCGAGAAGUUCGAGGCGGGCGGGAGGUGCGCGUACGAGGACGGGUGCACGUUCGCGCACGGGCACGCGGAGCUGCGCCCGCCGCUGCCCGUGCCGCCCGCGCUUGUCAAGCGGCGGAUGGCGGCCGCCGAGCACGAGAACGGGAGGGGCCCCGCUGGGUUCCCCGGCGGGGGCAAGGUGUGCUUCGAGUUCAGGGACAAGGGGACCUGCCACUGGGGGGCCAAGUGCGCCUACGCCCAUGCUUCCGCAGCCGAGGCCGCAGGAAUCCGCUACCCUGGGGGGCCAAGGCUGGUGGAGCCGGCGAGGAGGAGCGCGACGCCACCUGCAAGGGCGUUCUCGCCGGGGCCGGCGGCGGCCGGGGCGACGCGUGGCGGCAGCGGCAGCUAUGCGCCGGGUACCGCAAGGGCGUUCUCACCUGUUCCUGCCGCGGCCGGGCAGGACGAUGCCAAGGUCACCCGACUGGAGCUUCUGAGCCGCAGAAAGUUGAGCGGCGUCUACGGCGACUGGCCGGAGGAGGACUGA